AUGUGGUAUGGUAUGGCAUGGUCUUACGGUAUUGGUUUGAUAUUGGUAUUGGUAUGGUGGGAGGAACAAGCGGGGAACUUUUUAGUUUCAAUUUCAAAUUUAAUCAUCGAACGUAAUGCAAGUCAACUUUGA